AUGCUUACACCAGAUAGAAUAUUAAUUGGAAUAAGUGGAAAAAUUACAAUGCCAUUAAGCAGAAUAAACACAUUUAAGCAUAAAAUCUAUACAGAGGAAGAAUUACCAAUAAGUCAAAGAGCUUAUUGUAAAUCACAAGCAGAAAAUGAAAUAAUCAAGAAGAAGAUAAACAAUAAAUUAGAAAAGGGAUUUAUUAGAUUAUCUAAUAAUCCUUAG